AUGGACGACGAAAGCACGACUACGACUGCCACCAAAAGACCCCGCUUCUUCCCGACUCUCACCGCGACGCGCCUGCAAAUCGCCACGUAUCUGCUCGGGAUUGCGCUGUUCAGCAUUGCCUUCCUCGUCUUCGUCAACAGUAGCAUCUCCUUCGUCGUCACCGACAUCAUUGGCCAGAAAGAGGGCGUCGGCGAUGCAGUGGGUACGCUGGGCUUCGCAGACGAGUGUCUGGCCCUCGUGGCCUGUCCACUCUGGGGCCUGUUGAGUGAUCGCAUUGGUGUGCGGACGGUGGCAGUCCUGGGAUACUCGAUUGUCGCAAUUUCGCUGGCGUGUCUGGUGCAGAGCACCAAUGUCUUCCCAGACUUGCUGAUGGGCAGACUGGGCUUCAGUCUGGGCGCUGCAGCAUGCACUACGAUGGUCACGGCGGUGCUCCCGUCCAUGGUGAUGCCAGCGAGCGCGGCAGAGGAUGAGGACGCUCUAUCAACAAAAGGAGGCUCGAGUGCGGGCACUUCACAGCUCGCUGGCCUUGUCGGCUUCUUUACUGGAGCUGGCGCCCUUGUAGCGCUUUCUAUCUUCUUACCACUUCCUGCACAUCUGCAGCAAGAUGGAUUCGGGCCAUCUGAAAGCGUGCAAGUCAGCUACUACAUUGUUGCCGUGGUGGCGCUUUGCGUGGCUGUGUGUAUAUUCGUUGGGUUGCGCAACCUGCCUGGAGAGGAGAAGAAAAGUAUCAGUGGCCUAUUCCGGGCCCCUUACGACGAGACGACGACCACUGGCCCAGAAGGCCAUCCCCACAUCACUCUGACACCGCAGCCAUCGUAUGUGCUGCUAGCCAAGGAAUCUCUCAAGCUUGGCUUUACAGACCCAGCGAUUGGGCUCGGAUAUCUUGGAGGCUUUGUCGCACGAGCAUCGUCCGUUGGAAUCAGUCUCUUCAUUCCGCUCUUCGUAAACGCGUACUUUGUGCGUACUGGUCUCUGUACCUCGAAUCCAGACAAUCUGACUGAUAUCAAACGGAACUGCCAGCGCGCAUACAAAUUAGCUGCAGCGCUCACUGGCAUCGGCGAACUGGCGGCACUCAUCUGUGCGCCUUUGUUCGGCUGGGCAGGCGGGCGAGCAGCCAGGAGUCAAUCGGAGUGGCCGUUGCUCGCGGCCACAGCACUCGGAGUGGUUGGAUAUGUAAGCUUCGGUUUGCUUAGGAACCCAGAUCCGUUCCACGUGGGUGGGCAAUGGGCAAUUAUCUCUGUAAUUCUGGUCGGUAUGUCACAAAUUGGAGCUAUUGUAUGCUCGCUCGCACUGCUUGGCCGCGGCGUGAACCAAGCCACGUCACGCACAUGCAGGCCUAUAGCUCGCGACUUGCUGCAGAAUGAGUCUACAACGGAGGAAGAGGGCGCACCUCUACUGCAAGAGGUGUCUCGCUCUGGCUCUCCACCAACAUUUGACAGAGCACGACUUUCUGGCAGUAUAGCUGGAAUGUAUAGCUUUGCGGGUGGAGCAGGAAUAUUGAUAUUGACAAAAGUUGGAGGCCUUUUAUUCGACAAGUGGCAUACAGGAGCGCCAUUCUUCCUCAUGGCCAUUUUCAAUGCCAUCCUCCUGGUUGCAAUCGUCGUGAUCAGAGGUGGAUCCCUACUUCAUAAGCACAGAGUGGCAGUUUGA